GGGGGAAAGCGAACGGUCUCAGUCUUCGUCCGAGAGCUGCGAGGCUGCCGGGCUGGUACAGCAGUAGACCCCGCCGCCGCCGCUUAGCCGUGCUCGGAACCCGGCCGAGGAGGCUGCAGUCGCAGCCAGGAGCCCGCAGCCCGCGCCCCGAGCCCACCGCCGCCCUCCGAGGGCGCCCCAGGCCGCGCCAUGGUGAAGGUGACGUUCAACUCGGCUCUGGCCCAGAAGGAGGCCAAGAAGGGCGAGCCCAAGAGCAGCGAGGAGGCGCUCAUCAUCCCCCACAACGCGGUCGCCGUGGACUGCAAGGACCCAGAUGAAGUGGUACCAGUUGGCCAAAGAAGAGCCUGGUGUUGGUGCAUGUGCUUUGGACUAGCCUUUAUGCUUGCAGGUGUCAUUCUAGGAGGAGCAUACCUGUACAAAUAUUUUGCACUUCAACCAGAUGACGUCUACUACUGUGGAAUAAAGUACAUCAAAGAUGAUGUCAUCUUAAAUGAGCCUUCUGCAGAUGCCCCAGCUGCUCGCUACCAGACCAUUGAGGAAAAUAUUAAGAUCUUUGAGGAAGAUGAGGUUGAAUUCAUCAGCGUGCCUGUCCCAGAGUUUGCAGAUAGUGAUCCUGCCAACAUUGUUCAUGAUUUUAACAAGAAACUCACAGCCUAUUUAGAUCUUAACCUGGAUAAAUGCUAUGUGAUUCCUCUGAACACUUCCAUUGUUAUGCCACCCAGGAACCUAUUGGAGUUACUUAUUAACAUAAAGGCUGGGACAUAUUUGCCUCAGUCAUAUCUGAUUCAUGAACACAUGGUCAUCACUGAUCGCAUUGAAAACAUUGAUCACCUGGGUUUCUAUAUUUAUCGACUGUGCCAUGACAAGGAAACUUACAAACUGCAACGCAGAGAAACCAUUAAAGGUAUUCAGAAACGCGAAGUCAGCAACUGUGCUAUGAUUCGGCAUUUUGAAAACAAAUUUGCUGUGGAAACUUUAAUUUGUUCUUGAACAGGCAAGAAAAACAUUAUGGAGAAAAAUUUAAUACCACAGCAUAACCCCACCCUUUGUAUUUUGUGCAGUGAUUAUUUUUUAAAAUCUUCUUUCAUGUAAGUAGAACACAGGGCUUCACUGUUUUUCAUCUCAUUAACUCAAUUAAAACCAUUAUCUUUAAAAACUC